AUUUUGACUUGGGUGUUGAAAAAAUCCAAAUAGGCUCAGAAAUAGCCUGAUUAGUCAAGUUGAAUGGCUAAAACACGAUAUUGAGGUAAAUGACUCUCUCUUUCAUGUUCUUAAGUGCCAAGAGGUGGUCGUUCCUGUCUACUCGUGCAUGAGAGAGCGUCGUUUGGGUAAUUUUGUGAAGUCAUCGAUUGUAGCCAUGAUAUUCCUCUUCAUCGUCUACUCCAUCAUCGGAUGCUUCGGAUACCUGACAUUCGGAGCCAAUGUGACACACAAUGUCAUGAAGAUGUACAACGCAGACGAUCCUUUCGUGAUGGUGGGCGUCUUUGCACUCAUCAUCAAAAUGGUUGCCACCUAUCCCAUACUCGCCACUUGCGGAAG